AACCACAUGAAACCGACCGGAAUUCACCGGAAAAAGGCGCGAAAUUUCCGGUCGGAAUACUGCUUCCAUGUUCCAGUGAUUUCCGGUGCUUUCCUGUGGGAUCUGGUGUUUUUUCCGCGGCUUUCCUGCAGGAUCCCAAGGGAUCCGGACGCCGUAACAAUAUUGCCGGUAAGAAUGAGAAUAAAUGUUGCGAGCAAAGUUAUUGA